AAAGGGAAACCGACCCAGCCCCACCCCAGAAACUAAGAUUUACUCUUUAGACAAGCAUAAAUAAAAAAGAAAACCCAACUACGUUCUCUUCCAAAUCGCAAAAAGUUGGGGUAAUUAAUGGCAACCAAGCUAGUGCAGUUGCAAUCCAAAGCUACUGAGGCCUCAAAGCUUGUAGCCAAUCACGGAACUGGAUACUACAGGCAGUUAUUAGAAAAGAACAGACAAUACAUCCAGGAGCCACCAACUGUUGAGAAAUGUGAUCUCCUUGCUAAGCAAUUGUUCUACACUCGCCUCAGCAGUAUUCCUGGCCGUUGUGAAGCAUUUUGGAAAGAGCUUGAUUAUGCCAAGCACUUACUGAAAAAUAGGCGAGAACUGAAGAUAGAGGAUGCGGGUAUUGCAGCUUUGUUUGGGCUGGAGUGUUUCGCCUGGUUCUGUGCCGGUGAGAUCAUAGGCCGGGGCUUUACAAUAACUGGUUACUAUGUUUGACUGCUGCACCGAGAUGAAUAGCUUCAGAAGUUGAACCGAUUACACUUAUCUUAAUUUUUGCCUUCUCUGAUUGUUGUCAUCGUGAGUCGUGACAUAAC